GAAGGGCGAGGAGGCGCAGAGCUGGCUGGCGGCGGGAUGCAGCGGGUCACCCACCCGAGCUCCCAUGGCCUGCACGAGCGAUGCACGGCUGCAACUGGGCCGGGAAGCGUUGCAGGCGGCCCCCACGCUGCUGGUCCCCGCUGUGCUGCUGGGCGCGGCACUCGGCUUGGGCCUUGGCCUGUGGAUAAACUAUCGUUCCAGCCGCCUUCGCGCGCGGCUCCAGAAAGAUGACACACAACGUCUGCUCAGGAGUUCCCAGCCCACUGCACAGAGCCUGCCAGACACUGGCUCCCGGGUCAGGAGGCGCCAGAGAGAAACGACAACUUCCCGGGAUGAGGAUGCUCCUGAGGAAUGUGAGCCAUCCUUGAGCGGCAACAUCACAGCAUUUGCACUGAAAGCCAGGGUUGUCUAUCCCAUCAACCAGAAGUUCCGGCCUCUGGCUGAUGGAUCCUCCCACCCGUCGCUGCAUGAAAACCUGACACAGGCGGCAGCCAUCUUGCCCCACCUACCCCACCAGCCAGCAGAGGCCUCACCAGCCAGCAGCCUGGGCAGCCUGAGCCAGGCUGGCAAGGAGGAUGGCAGCUCCUCUUCCAGCAUGCACUCAGCCUACAGUGACGACAGGCUCCUCCACUGUGCCUUCCUCCGGGUGGGCAGCUUCCCUGAGGUGCUGGUCUGUGAGAGUGCGGAUAUUGACCUGUGUGUUUGCAGCCUCCACCUGAAAGACCUGCUUCAGGUAGACACAGCGCUGAGACAGGAGAAGCACCUGAUGUUCGUUCAGAUUCUUAAAUCGUGCCUCCUGGACCUUUUUCCUAAAAAGAAGCCUGAUGAUGAACUAUACCAAAAGAUCCUUUCAAAGCAAGAGCAUGAUUUGGAGGAGUUAGAAAAGGGAUUUCAGGCCAGAUUGGCAAACACGGACAUGUUGGGCACCGGUGACCCCGGCUACGUUUCCCUGGCAGAUGUGGAGAGGAAGGAGAGAGAGCUCUCGGAGCUGCUCAUGGACAAUAUGGGAGCUUUCUGGAAGCAGAUGGAAAGCAUCCAGCCCAUUCUUAUGGACCAGUUGAAAUGCUCCAGCUCCAAGGCACGGCAACUCAUGACGACUCUGACAGGAAGAAUGAUUGCUGCUGAAGGGCUGUUGUGUGAUUCUCAGGACCUGCAGGCCCUGGAUGCCCUGGAGAGAACAAUGGGUCGGGCCCACAUGGCAAGAAUGGUGGAGUUCUUGAGGACCCAGAUCCAAGAGGAGACCAAGUGCCGGCUGGCCGCCAUCUCCCGUGGUCUGGAGCUGCUGACUGUCCAGGGACAGCUGUCGGGGAAGCAGAAGGAGGAACUUCUGACCCAGCAGCACAAGGCCUUCUGGGAGGAGGCAGAGUGCUUUGGCAGGGAAUUCAUGCAGCGGGGCAAAGACCUGGUCCAAGCGUCUCUGGCUCACCAGGCGGAGGUGAUGGCGGAGCUCACACAAAUCCAGGAGGAAGAGCGGAGAAGUUUCCUGGCUGGUUCCCCGCUGACCUCGGACCCAGGGGAGUUCCUCAAGACUUUUCAUGAGGUCCUGGAGAGGCAGCGGCUGACACGGAGUAACCAGGAGGAGGAGGAGGACACCAGGAUCACUGAGGCCAUGGCUGCACUCUGCCAAGAGCUGUACUGUGGCACCAUGAAGACCUUCCAAAAGUUUGUGGACACUCUGUUCCUAAAGACGCUCCCAGAAGUGAGCAGUCUCCCUGUGGCAGAAUGUGAGGCCCUGAAGCAGCAGGUCCAGGAGCAGGCAGCAAAAGAGCUGGGGCAGGUGGACCGAUUUCGCAGACGGCAGUGGGAACUCCUGUGUGACCUCUCGGAACAGGACAGGCGGGUGUGGCUGGAGGAGUGUGCGCUGUCCACGGUGCUGCAGAGGCAGCUGCGGGAUCACCAGGAGAGCACCAUCCACCGGGUCCUGAGCCGAUUCAGUGGCCUCUCUGAAGAGUCCACACGAGGCAUCCUGCAGGGCCACGAGCUGCUGCUGUGCUCUGCUCUGCGCAGACUGGCCCUCCGAGGCACCACCAUCACUACCCUGGCUCAGAUGAGGCUGUCUGGGAAGAAGCGGCUUCUGCAGGAGCUGCGUGAGCAGCUGGCUCUGGAGCAGGGAGCGUCCCCAUGCCUGGAGGAGCAUCAGUGGCAGCUGCUCAGAGCCCUGGAGGCACGGAUCCUGGAGGAGGCGGCCAGACUGGAAGAUGAGGCGCAGCAGACAGGCCUGAGGCUCCAGCAGCAGCUGCUUGCAGAGGCACAGGAGGCAGGGCAGCUGCUACAGUUGCACUCAGAGCGGGCCGUCGGGCAGGCGUUGCUGGUGCAUGCACGGAACGUGGCCAGCAAGGGCCGGACCAGGGACAAGGAAGACUUCAAGAGGACCCUGGUGGAGACGGUGGUGGAGAGCGUGUAUGUGACCAGCACCAGUGUGAGCCACCUUGUGCAAGCAUAUUACCAGCGCCUUGGGAAGCUCCUGCAGGCCCACCAGGAACAAGUGCUACAGCGCCUGAAGACCCUGCAGGGUGAGAGAAUCAACACUUACAAGCUGUGGAAGAAGCAAGAAUUCGAUGACCCAUCAUCAGGGAGCCAGACACCAUCGGGCAGCCGGGCAGCAGAUACCCAUGGAGCUACCCAGACAGUGCAGCAGAGGAUGCUGUCCCAGCAGAAGAAGUUCCUGGGCCAGUUCACACAGCACCAGCAGGGCCGCCUGAACUCUCAGACGCAGAAGGCACAGGAGCUUGACCAGCUCGAAGCCCAGCUUGAGACCCAGCUGCAGGAAGCUGAGCAGAUCUUUAUCUCAGAGCUGGCAACACUGGCCCGAGUGCCCCUGACUGAAAGCAAGCCAUUCUCCAACAAGCGAGGACUGCCGGAAAAGCCGGUAAGGACCAAAAGAAAGAAGGCCCCACCUCGGGAGAGAGAGGACCUGGGGCCGCCCAACAAUGAUCACCCUGCCUUGGUGGACCAUACCACAGGACCACUCAGCGGCAGAAGGCCGGGUCAGCAGGACAGCGAGGCUGGCAAUGGCGAGAACUCAAGGAAGAUACUGCAGAAAAGAAGCAAUGUGUAGUGGAACCCUGCUGAGAUGGACCUGCCUUGCACAUCACUGCCUCCAUGGCUGGAGCCGUGUGGUAUGGGGGCGGAAGCAGGAGGCCAGCCUUGAGAGAGGGGAUGCCACCUGCCUUAGAAAGUGAAA